AUGAGUGGUUUUGUAACGGUGGAACUCAAAUCAUGCGUGCCAGGUUGCUUCUUCGGCUGGAUGGUUACGGCCGAAGAGCCUCAGACCUGUCAGCAGUUUGCUGCUCCAAAUUUGGGAAAUUUGAAUCACAUGGCAGCACUGCUACAGACAGCACAACAUUGUAGUUUGCAAUACUCUGCUCCUGCAUUGACAUCCAAUGCCGUUUUGUCAGGAGAACCUAAUCCCGAUAUGCAUGGGCUGAAUGCAGAGCAAUUUAAUGCUGUUGGUGGGUUUAUUGAAAACCAACCUUCAUAUACUACCCAGAAACCAUGUCCAAAAUAUUCCCAAGGUAUCACUCCACACGAGCUUGGGAUUCCGGACAUGUCUGUUGACACUUGUUAUGCUCCUCAGAAAAGAUUUCUGAUAUUUGAUCAGUCUGGGAGUCACACUAGAUUGUUCUUCAGCCCUUCAUUUUCUCUCCAAAAUCAGAUUGGCAUUUCCAAGACUCCGAAAUUAGAUCAACAAUUUUUUACAAGACAUUUAGUUGAAGAAAACUGGGGUGAAAACCAUUUGACUGAUGGAGAGGAUGAGAUGAACGAAGAUUCCGAAGACAUAGAUGCCCUGUUCUUCUCGGACACUGAUGAUUCCCAGAGCAAAGAUUGCGACACUGAAGGUGAUGACAAUGAGGUAACUAGCAUGGCACGUGUUCUAUUGAGCAAUGAACAUGCCUGCAGCAAUGAACUUUCACUUGAAGAGCUCACGGAAGAAGUUGCUAGUUCAAACGGCACACAGAAAAGGCGAAAACUACUUGAUGGUAGGUACAUACUGCCAUCAUCAUUGCUGAAUAACAAGGGCCCCGUUGAGCGGGCUAGUUCGUGCACAUAUGAGAAUGAUUUGGAGUCAAGCUGUGCUGGUUGUCAAAAGUCUUGUGAUGAUAUCAACUCAAUUAAGCGAGAAAAGAGAGUUAAAGUCCGGGAUGUAUUGAAGUCCCUGGAGGCCAUAAUUCCCGGGCUAAACAGCAGCGAUCCACUCCACGUCAUUGAGAAAGCUAUUGAUUUCCUAAAAUCAAUGAGGAUCGAAGCUGAAGCUCUUGGGCUUGGCUAUCUGGAUCAUCAAUUCGCCGCCUCUCCUUGA